AUGAGUGCAAGUCCUGAACGAGCGCGGCAUGACGGACCUCCGGUGCAGGACAUUAUUGAAGCUGGCGGCGAUGACUUGAGCGAUGAUACCUUCCAGCCCAGCGAGUGGGAUGCUUCAUCAUCGGGCUCAACCUCAAUCACCUCGUCGAACGGCAGACGCUACCACUCCUUUCGGGAUGGAAGAUAUCCCAUUCCCAACGAUGACAUCGAACAAAAUCGUAAAGACAUGAAGCAUGCGAUGGUCAUGGAACUCACUGAUGGCAAGCUGUUCCAUGCCCCGAUUGGCGACUCGCCCAGCAAGAUUAUUGAUCUUGGGACGGGCACUGGCAAGUUGCCUUCCAGACACUUUGGAGACCGUUUCCCUUCUGCCGAUGUCACCGGCGGGGACUUAUCUCCAAUCCAGCCCAGCUGGGUGCCUUCUAACGUCCGGCUCUUCGUCGAUGAUGUUGAAGAUGACUGGCUGGCAAGGAACAAUUUCAAUCUCAUACACAUGCGGAAGUUGGCAUCUCCUUUGCACGACCUCCCAAAGCUUUUAGAACGAGUCUUUGACAACCUCAAACCUGGAGCGUUUAUCGAGACUCAGGACUUCAGUGCCAACGUGCAAUGCGAUGACGGGACUAUGCCCGAAGACUGGCCUCUACUCGAAUUCUGGUCCAAGAUACGCGACGCCAUGCACAAGAUGAAGAUUGACAUCCAAGUCGCCCCGCGCAUCGGCGCGCUCAUGAGAGACGCCGGCUUCGUCAACGUUGAGGCGAAAUCAUACAAAGUGCCGGUCGGACGAUGGCCUCUCGACAAGACGAAGCGCCUGGUUGGACAUUAUAUGCGCUCAGUGACAGAGGAUUUCUUGGGUAUGGCCGCAAGUAAGCCGUUGGCAGCUCUGGGGAUGGAUCGGACUGAGAUCGAGGUAUUUCUCGCAUCGGUUCGGAACGCAAUCAAGGAUCCGGAGGUGCAUGCGUAUGGAACAUAUUAUUCCUUGGUGGGACAGAAGCCAGUGGGUUCAGGUCAUGAGUGAUGGGGAUACUUGAUCUGGAAACCCGCCCUUUAGCUGCGCGUGAUCCUUUAUUCAGUCAUGUAUGGAGAAUGAAGCUAAUUCGCCUAGCGUUAGAAAGAAACUUCAUGUGCCGCCACCGUCGAUAUCCUCGAUAUCGUGACCGGUUCAUAUAUUUACGGCCAUCAAGAAAAGUUCUAGACCUCCUUAGAGGGACUUUACUUACCAGUGAGUAGGUCACCAAAAAGACUGUACAUACACAUAGACAGCAAAAUGAAAGGGACUAGACUCGAACUCGCGCGGGUUGCCCCACCAGGAAACAGAUGUUAAGCUGACCUUAACCUGGCGCCAUAACCAACUCGGCCACCCUUCCGUAAUGUAGAUCCUCAGAGACCCGAGGAGCUGGAAGUGGAUGCUGGUAUUUUGGCGCCACUAUUCCUAAGACUGCAGGUGGAAA